AAUUUCUCUAUUGCAGAAUAAAUCAUAUUUUUUAUGGCUUUCGACAUAUAUAUUAGUUAUUUUUUGUGUAUCUAAUAUGUUGAGAUACGAACAUCUAGUUUCCGUAUGAUUCGUGAUCAUGGUAAAAACGAACAUGGAGCAUUUUUAGUGAAUGAGAAAUACCAGAGAUCAGAGAUUUCAUUCAUGAUUGUUUACAUCACAUGCAUAAUGCAUUAGUUUCCAAGUUUUUUUUACAAGCGUGAGACAUAGAGUUAUAAUGAAAAUUAAGAUAUGAAAGAGAAAUAAUAUAAUAAGGAUUUAUUUCUUCAAUUAUAAUGGCUGCUUGGAUCAAUAUAACUUCAAAAUUGGAACAAGGUUUAACGAUAGUAGCUCGGCUGGAUAAUAAUAGCAAAUUUCGUCUACUUGUCAACCGAAUAUGCCAGAGCCUGCAAUCUAGCAUUGAUACAAAAAUAUUCAAUGAGGAAGAGAAAGAAAAACUGCUGGUUUCUUUAGAUUUAACAAAAGAUGAAUUAAUUCUCCUGUUAGAUACUAUUACAUCGAUUUACAUGCAAGCUGCAUGUAAUGUUGUCAAACCAUCUCUCAUGGAAACAGUCAUGAAGGAUAAUUUUAAGAUAGAUGAAGAGAAAAUAUUAAUCUUUACAAAUGCAUGGAUGACUUAUGGCAAAGGCAUUGUAGAAAAUCUUAGGCAAAAAUCUAUGUUUCCUAUUCAGGUGAAAGAUAUCAAUUGGUGUCUAAAUGUUCAGUCAUCAUCUUCUGCAAUUUCCAAAGAUGCACGACCUGUAGCUUUACUUCAACUUGGUCUAACUGGCGAUAAAACAUCUACACUAACAGUAGAAUUUGACAAGAAACAGUUGACAGAUCUCUAUUAUAAUUUAGAGAAAAUUCAAACUCAGCUAGAUGCACUAGAAGCAAAAAUGUAAAUAUUUAUACUUAUGCACGAUUAUUAUAAGCAAAUAUCUAUUUAUCAUACAAAAAUAUAUUUUGCAAUUUUUACAUAA